GAUGUAUUUGUGUAACAAUUUGAAAGUUUAUUGAUAAAAAAAAGCAUUAUCUUUAAACAGCUGUGUCAAAAUGGUGAAAGAGGGUAUAAAGAUUUUCCUAAGGGCCAAACCGUCCAAAAAACUGAAAGGGCACACAGAACUAGACGAUGAUGGGAUUGUAACAUUUAACAUACCUAAAGAAGACAGUGAGGGUUAUGUAAACAAUAAAAAAGAUUUAUACAAGUUUAAAUUUGAGGAAGUAUUUCCAGAGAAAACUCAACAAGAUGAGAUUUUUGAGAAGGUGUGUAAAAAUGCUGCAGAGAGUGCACGUAGUGGAUACAAUGCUACAAUAUUCGCUUAUGGACAAACUGGAUCAGGAAAAACGUUCACAAUCACGGGAGGAGCCGAGAAGUACAAAGACAGAGGGAUGAUACCAAGAUCUAUUAGCUAUAUCUUCCAGUCUUUCGAACAGAACCCUAACUGUCAGUACACGAUGCACAUUUCCUACCUGGAGAUUUACAACGAGAGUGGGUACGACUUACUGGAUCCUGCUAAGGAAGUCACACGAUUAGAAGAUUUGCCGAGGGUGCGGCUACAAGAAGAUGCUGAAGGUAACUUCCACACCCGUAACCUGACAAUACAUCAAGCAAACUCGGAGGAGGAUGCUCUGAAUCUACUUUUUAUGGGCGAUACUAACCGAAUGACGGCAGAAACACCAAUGAACAUGGCUUCCACUCGGUCCCACUGUAUAUUCACCAUCUAUAUUAGUUGUAAGAGUGAGGAUUCUCCUACAAUACGGCGCGGAAAACUCCAUCUUGUUGAUUUAGCCGGUUCUGAGCGUGUAUCAAAGACCGGUGUUUCUGGGACAAUACUCAGCGAAGCCAAAUACAUCAACAUAUCUCUGCACUUCUUAGAACUGGUGAUCACAGCACUAGGUGAGAGGUCGAGAACCCACAUACCUUACCGUAACUCUAUGAUGACAAGUAUGUUACGUGACAGUUUAGGUGGUAAUUGCCUUACAACUAUGGUGGCUACAGUGUCCCUGGAAAAGAAAAAUAUUGAUGAGUCAAUAUCGACGUGUAGGUUUGCUCAGCGUGUGGCGCUUAUUAAAAACGAUGCUGUACUCAAUGAAGAAGUGGAUCCCAAGUUAGUUGUAACUCGACUGAAGAAGGAAAUACAAAACUUACGAGACGACAUUGCUUUAGCCGGGAGGGAAGUUUCUACUGACCCCUUGAGUGACGAGGAACUUUUAAUGUGCCGAGAACGUGUUAACAAAUACAUAGAGUGCACUGAUCCGGAAGAGCGGCUGGAUAUAGACGCAGAUGUCAGGAAGAUUCACUUUUGUUAUCAGUACUUCAAACAUCUGCUGAAGCAGGCUGCAAACUCGCGACCUGCUUCUAAUCGCACUGUUACUUCGGCAACUUCGCAAAUACUACCCGAACAGGUGGACAAAGAACUGAACAAGCUAAAAGAGCUCCUCGCUCAGAGGGACACAGAGAUAAAUAUCCUGGUUAACCUGUUGAAGAAAGAAAAAGCUAAGAUAAAAGGAGGAGGAGGAGGCGGAGGUGUUGAGAAGCCUAUCUCUCCUCCGCCGGUAAAACCUCAUCAUCAGACACAGAGGAAUGUUAAAACACUGUCAAAAGGACGCCAGGAAGCGUUUGACAUAUUCAGAAGGGACUACAAGAACAACUCAGCUAUCGAGCAGAACAAGUCCGAGCUAAAGACUAAGAUGAAGGAAGCAAAACAAAUCGGCGGGCUUGUUAACAAAUCCCGGGAAAAAAUCAACUCGUUAAAGAGUUCGAUAGAACAGCGCCGUAUUGCCAUGGCAGUACAGGGAUUGGUACACUCUGAUGUUGCUGAAUUCGAUCCCAAAGAAGAGGAAUUGAAGAAACUGAUAGAGUCUGAGAAAGAGAGCUACAAACAAAGGUUUGCCCGACUGAGAGAACUAAAGACAGGUAUCGAGCACCUGCAGCAUCUACUAGAGCAGCAGCGUGUCCGCUUACAGCGCGACUUUGAGCUGUGGUACGUGGAACAAGCAGCAGGCACUCAGCAGGGUAGAACUGCUUGGAAAACUCCGUCUCCUAAACAUCUGGCUUCUCUUACUGAUGAAGUAAGAUCAUCGGGAAACCCAACCCCUAACACUGACCUCCCGUCUCCGCCAAUGUCAAAAGAGAGCAGUUAUCUUAGUAAUCACAACUCAGUUCUAAGCAACAACAGCAACACUAAAAAUCCUGUACCUAGCAUUAGAAGUAAUGAUCAGAAAUCGUGGUCAGUAUCUCAAUCGACCGUUAAAAACGGAGCCUUGACGGGGGAUGCCGGAGUAGAUAACGAUAUAAUGUCUUUUAUGCGAGCCAGAGAGGCUAUCCUUAGACGGAGCCAGAAAUAACCCUUCCUUGUUAUACACAUUCUACACAUUCUACACAUUCUACACAUUCUACACAUUCUACACAUUCUACACAUUCUACACAAUCUACACAGAAUGUGUGUUUGCUUUUACAUUGACUGUGUAAUGAGGUUUAUAUUUGUACUUUUUAGGCACAAAAAUAAGCAUAAGCACUCUGCAGAUGUUACACAAGAAGAACGUUUUUGAUUGAUAGAUUUAAUUGGACUCUCUGUAAAUUAUGAAAUAUUCAACUAUUUUUAGAUAAGGUUAAUAAAUGGAGUGGGUAACAUGAGCUGGUUAUUCUUGUUUUUGUAAAAUUUGUCAGUGACAAUAACAAGGUUCGACCGGGAUCCCGGCUUAAUCCCGGUCCCGGUCAAAAAUCGGCCGGGACCGGGAAUCCCGGUCCCGGCUAAAAUGCCGAAUUUUGACAGGU